AACCUAUGCCAGGUCCCAGUGGAGUGUUGACAGGAGCUGCGUCAAGUCAAGAAACCAGUCAGCCGGCCAAGGCGAAGAAGAAGCUCUGGAUGAAGAAGACGCCAAGUUCCCCUGCUUCGAGUGUAGCCGAAAGUUCAAGUCUUCGGCAGCCCUUCAAAAACAUCUGGGCACACAUGAAGCCGAUGACAUCAUCAAUGUAGAUCCUUCAGGCGGGGAGGAUGAGGACUUUGAGGACAGAGGAGGAGGAGGAGAGGGGCGGGGAGGAGGAGGAGGAGGGAAGAGGAAGGCCACGUUUGUGCGAGGGAAGCUCCUGAAGGGGAAAGGCAGAGAUAGCAGCGGCGAUACUUCAAACUACCAGUGGAAGAAGAAGAAGUCUACCAAGAUUUAUCUGCACAAGGGAGGAGGAGGAGGGGGAGGCGGGGCCCAGUGGAUUGGUCCACUUCCCGGAUGUGAUGCACACGUGCCCCAAGUGCAAGGUCAUCCUGGCUGACCGCAAGGAGCUGAUGGAGCACGUGGCUACUCACGCUCAUAAGCCAGGGAAAAAGGAGAAGCCGUUUGAGUGCGGCCAGUGUUGUAAAAGUUUUAGCACCGAGGAAAAACUGCUGCGUCAUCAUAUGGUUCAUGGUGAUGAGUCGUCGAAACCACUGGAGUGCCCGGUAUGCAUGAAGCGUGUGAUGAACAACUCCGCCCUGGCGUGCCACAUGAAGACUCACAGCGAAAAGAAGUACUACGACUGCCCGGUGUGUGGCCAGGAUUUUGACAUGGCGGCCAGCCUCAAGGAACACGGCCUCACCCACAUGGACUCCUUUGGCCGCUUCCCGUGCACGGCGUGCUCCAAGUGCUUCCACGACUUCUCCUUUCUCAAAAAACACAUGAAGACUUUCCACUCGGACAAGGUCUACCAGUGCCCCGAGUGUACCAAGGUGUUCCCGCGCAUUGACAAGCUGCGACUACACAUGCUGAGACACACGACACACCGGGAGUUCAUGUGCGAGACGUGUGGCAGACAGUUCAAGAGGAAGGACAAACUGAAGGAACACAUGAAGAGGAUGCACAGCAAGGAGCGCAUGGAACAGCAGCAGCAGCUGGCCAUACUGCAUGGGCCGGGCAAUGGGCUACAGACCAAGAAGUUUACUCCCAAGGUGAUGCCCACAGAGUUCCACCGGUUCAUCUACAAGUGCCACCCUUGCCUGUUAGGCUUCAAGCGACGCGGGAUGUUGGUGAACCACCUGGCCAAGCGACACCCGGAGAUCAAACCCGAGCACGUUCCCGAGCUCAACCUGCCCAUUCUCAAGACGCAGAAGGAUUUCUUCUGUCAGUAUUGUGAUAAGGUCCACAUACAUCCGAGUGCCCAGCUACAGCCCACCACCAUCGACAUCAGUCAGCUAGGGCAGGCCUUACAGUCCUUCUCCGCUCAGCCAGGGGGCGUGGCUACUGUGUUAGCUCCGCCCCCUCAGCCCGCUAGCCCCACCCAGUCGGUGACGGUGAUGGGACCGGCCGGCUCGCAGACCAUCAAUCUGGGCAAUUUGAGCAACGCACAGUUCAUUACACGCACCUGGACCAACGGUUUCUCUACCUUUAGGUGAUGGGGAAGAGAGAGAGAGAGAGGGAGAGACAAACAGAAA